AUGGUUUCCACAGAUGAAGAUGAUGUUAAUGAGUCAACCAUUCUCCUCAUUGAUUCAUCGCGUCUCAUCACUGAGGACGUAAUCUGUCAAGGCGUAAGGGUCAGCGCGGUUAUUGACACGAUUGCAGUGGUAUCAGUCGCCUCACCUAGCCUACAAGAGAAACUGCAAAUUCGACAAACCAGAUGGGAUGGACCAUCCGUGUUGAUGGUGAACGGCCAGAAAAUACCUCCGCUAGGCGCCCUUGAAUUAGACAUCGAACACCGAGGUAUGAAGGCUAAAGGAAAGGUGAUACUGCUGGAAAUGAAUGGAAUUGAAUUGUUACUUGGUAACGAUUUCUUAAGCCAGUUCAAACGCUUUCAAAUCAACUACGACGAUAAAGAGGCAGAGCUUUUGCUGGGUGAAUUACCAGUUAAUGCUAUCACGGACCAAGUCACUAACUCGUCGUACAAGCUAGUAACAAAGACGGGUAGGCUACUACCUCCAAGAGCUAUCGUCCCAGUAGAGAUCGAGCCUACUACCCUAGAAGAAGGCACCUGGAUGAUCGAGCCAUCAGAGAACCUGGUUCGCGCAAAAGGCAUUACCACUGGGAAAGUCUUAGUGCCCACCACUCACCCAUUAGGACACUUGCUGAUGGUAAAUUUAACAAACCGUCAAACCUACUUACGGGAGGGGACCGUCUUGGGCCAGAUCGAGGCCUUAGACUCUUCGAUAGUUACCGUCAAUGAAGGAGAACCAAGAAUUCAAAGAGAAGAGGUGGCAGCUGAAAACACAGAAGUGUCGGCCGUAAGUGAGGAGGUACCAGCUCCAGCCUCUUCGCGAGAAAUCUGCCGUCUCCCACGACAAGCAAUUCACGCUCAGAUCGCAGAGGGCCUAUCCCAUCUUGAUACCGAAAACUUGGUAGACCUUCUUCAGGAGUUCAGCUCUUGCUUUGCGCAAAAAGACAGUGAGCUUGGAAUCUGCAAGGUGGCAGAGCAUCAAAUCAACACUGGCCUGGCCUCGCCAGUGCAUCAAACCCCUUACAAGAGCGCGUGGAAGGAGAGAACUAUUGUUCAGCAACAAGUAGACGAAAUGUUGGAGAAAGGGGUGGUCGAGCCAUCAAACAGUCCUUGGGCAUCGCCAGUUGUCUUGGUGAAAAAGAAGGACGGUAGCUGGCGAUUCUGUGUUGAUUAUCGUCGACUAAAUACCAUUUCUGUUAAAGACGUUUACCCUUUACCAAGGAUCGAAGAGACGUUAUCCCGGAUGGACAACGCCUGUAUUUUCUCUGCAAUGGAUUUAGAAAGCGGGUACUGGCAAGUACCGAUGCACAACGACGCGAAGGCUAAAACGGCAUUUGUGACUCCUGGCGGCCUAUACCAAUUCCUGGUAAUGCCAUUUGGAUUAGCAUCUGCCCCCGGAACGUUCCAGAGGAUGAUGAAUCUAGUUUUGGCGGGACUUAGAUGGACCAUCUGUCUCGUCUAUCUUGAUGACAUCAUCGUCUACGCAGCAGGGAGUUGA